UCCUGGUUCCGAAGGGUGACAGGUUCCGAUGGGUGACAGCUGUGGCAUAAUGGGCAGCCGCACGUGUGGCUGACGAAUUGCCUCUCCUAGUACAUGGUGUGGUUCUGGAUGAGUCUGCUCCCUCUGAGGUGUGCAUGGUAUGAAAAUACAGGAUGAAUGGCAGCAGGAGGUGAUUCCCAAGUCUGUGACAGUGACAGGCAGAAGCUAGAGUAUCAGUCUCAGUCCUGCUGUCUCCGGAGCUGCUCUGAAUGUGUGAUCUCAGCCCAAGUACUGCCUUCCAGGUUCUGGAGCCCACUGUCUCUGGCCUCCUGCCGCGCUCUCUGCACUGACAUCUCUGCUGACUUCAGUCGCUCUCCUCCACUGCUGCUGGUGGCAUGUGAGUGCCACAUCUGCCAAGAGGCCAACUCACCGUUUGAAAGCUUUCCAGGAGCACAAGCUUCAUUCGUGUCUGUAAUGACCCUUCAGUGUGAGUGGAUGCCAGGGCCCUCUAGAAUUAAACUUUUUCCAGGCGUCAUGCAAGGACCCGUGUUGGUGCGCGUGCCCUCUUGGGGAGAACAAUAAUAGCUCCACGUACCGUAGGCUCCUGUGAGUGCCAACUCCCUCGAUCUCCUCCAAUGCAGGCUCAGGGAUGGACUCCACCUUGUCCCUCUGAAGAGACUCUGCAUGCUCUCAGCAGCCAGAAGGGGAUUCUGCUGCCAGCUUCUCCACAAGCUGCCUCGCAGCAGGACUUGCUCAGUGGCAGCCUGGGAGGGGAUCCGUUCCUGCAGUCGUGUUGCUGCCGUGCCCAGCACCUGCCCGUGGACAAACCGGUGUGUGUGCACCAUCUGCUCUGAGCUCUUUGGCCUGCACCGUCGGAACUCACCUGAGCUCCUGGCAGACUCUUGGCUUGUUUUCUCAAGUGCUCUCUGUGAUCCUGUUCCCUCUGUCAGAGUCCUGAAAGGAUGUGAACUUUGGAAUGGAGUCUCUGAGCACGCUGCAGACUCAGUGCAUGUGUGAGACUGUUGCUGAGUAGCAGGAAGAGUGGUUCAUUGCUGCAAGCAGCCCUGCUGUCUGGCUGCAGGGCACCAGCCUUGCCUGGGUUCUUCACCAUGUUCCUCCUGCUCCCCUUUGACAGCUUAGUGGUUAAUCUCUUGGGGAUUUCCAUAACUGUCCUCUUCACUCUGCUUCUGGUUUUCAUUAUUGUGCCAGCAAUUUUUGGAGUCUCCUUUGGCAUCCGCAAGGUUUACAUGAAAACUUUAUUAAAGAUUUUUCAGUGGGCGACACUGAGAAUAGAGCGUGGUGCCAAGGAGAAGAAUCAUCCGUUGUACAAGCCCUAUGUCAAUGGUAUCAUUGCAAAGGAGCCAACGUCGCUGGAGGAGGAGAUCAAGGAGAUCCGCCGGAGUGGCAGUGGCAAAGCCCUGGACACCCCUGAGUUUGAGCUCUCAGAUAUCUUCUAUUUCUGCCGCAAAGGCAUCGAGACCAUCAUGGAUGAUGAAGUGACCAAGAGGUUCUCAGCUGAAGAGCUGGAGUCCUGGAACCUGCUCAGCAGAACCAACUACAACUUUCAGUACAUCAGCCUGCGCCUCACGGUGCUCUGGGGACUUGGUGUGCUCAUCCGCUACUGCUUCCUUCUGCCCCUCAGGAUAGCCCUGGCAUUUACUGGCAUCAGCUUGUUGGUGACUGGUACCACAGUGGUGGGAUAUUUGCCAAAUGGAAGGUGUAAGGACUUCCUGAGCAAACACGUACACCUGAUGUGUUACCGGAUCUGCGUGCGUGCCCUCACAGCCAUCAUCACCUACCAUGACAGAGAAAACAGACCCCGAAAUGGAGGCAUCUGUGUGGCCAAUCACACCUCCCCCAUUGAUGUGAUCAUCCUGGCCAGCGAUGGCUACUAUGCAAUGGUGGGUCAGAUCCAUGGAGGGCUCAUGGGUGUGAUACAGAGAGCCAUGGUGAAAGCUUGUCCCCACGUGUGGUUCGAACGCUCUGAGGUCAAAGAUCGUCACCUCGUCGCCAGAAGGCUCACAGAACACGUCCAGGACAAAAGCAAACUGCCCAUUCUUAUUUUUCCAGAAGGAACAUGCAUCAACAACACAUCUGUGAUGAUGUUCAAAAAGGGGAGCUUUGAAAUUGGAGCCACAGUUUACCCUGUAGCCAUCAAGUAUGACCCACAGUUUGGAGAUGCCUUUUGGAACAGCAGCAAGUAUGGCAUGGUCACCUACCUCCUCAGGAUGAUGACCAGCUGGGCCAUCGUCUGCAGUGUCUGGUACUUGCCCCCAAUGACCAGGCAGCCUGAAGAGGAUGCAGUGCAAUUUGCCAAUCGAGUGAAGUCAGCCAUUGCCAGGCAGGGGGGCCUUGUGGAUCUGCUGUGGGAUGGAGGACUGAAAAGAGAGAAGGUGAAAGACGCGUUCAAGGAGGAGCAACAGAAACUCUACAGCAAAAUGAUUGUAGGCAGCCAUGAGGACCGGAGCCGCUCCUGAGUCUGCUGCCUCCAGCACUGCCACUGGGGCUGGCCAAAGCCUCCAGCACCCACCAGGGCUCGUCUGGAGCAACUCUGCAUCUUUGGACUUGGCCUACUCCAGAGCUGCUCGGACUCUUCUUUGUCAUCCUCUGGCUGUUGUUUCCCGGAGGCACUGUUGCUGCCUGGAGUCUAGGCCUUGGGCAGCUCAUGGCAAAGAUGCCUUCUUGUUACUGUUACAGUGAAGCCCCUUGCAGGGGCAGUAUUAAAUGAAACUCUUACGGU